AAUUUUCCCAAUGUAAGUAAAACAAGAUUAUAACAAAAAUCUACCUACAUAUUGCCCCGCCGUUCCUGUCUGCUGUCUACCGUCUGCAUCACCGCAUCAUCGAAUUAUAGCCAUUACCUACUUCACCCCGCGCCGUCAACCCCGUCGCUAUAAAUUACGCGCAUAACCAUACAACCAAUUUUAUUUCUACUUUCACCAUUCAACAUUGCGCAAUCCUCUUCAAGAAAGUAAUAUACUAACCUAGUGCCUUGUUGACGAAGCUAGCACCGAUAUAUCCUCAUUUUCUCUCCCAGUCUACAGACACACCCUUCAAGCCAAGAUGCCUCAAGCAGUUUCUUUGCCCACCUGGGCCUCUCUAGAAAACCACUACAAGACCGUAGGAAAGAACUUCGUCUUGAAGGAAGCCUUUGCUUCUGACCCUGCCCGAUUCGAAAAAUUCAGCAAGACUUUCCACAACGACGCCACUGGCACAGAUAUCCUGUUUGAUUUCAGCAAGAACCUCGUUACCGAUGAGACGAUCAACCUACUAGUAAAGCUCGCAGAAGAGGCUGGCGUCGAGAAGAAGCGUGAUGCUAUGUUUGCGGGUGAGAAGAUCAACUUCACCGAGAAACGGGCCGUCUACCACCCGGCUUUGCGCAACGUAAGCGGCUGGGAGAUGAAGGUGGACGGACAGGAUGUCAUGAACGGAGAGGGCGGCGUAAACGCUGUCCUACAGCACAUGAAGGAAUUCUCUGAGCAGGUCCGAAGCGGAGAAUGGAAAGGAUAUACAGGCAAGAAGCUAACUAACAUUGUCAACAUCGGCAUCGGUGGUUCCGACCUCGGUCCUGUCAUGGUUACCGAAGCUCUUAAGCACUAUGGCGCUAGAGAUAUGACGCUACACUUCGUUUCCAACAUUGACGGUACUCACAUAGCCGAAGCCCUAGCUGAUUCCGACCCGGAGACGACUCUCUUCCUUAUUGCCUCCAAGACCUUCACCACUGCUGAAACUACGACGAAUGCGAACACCGCAAAGUCGUGGUUCCUCGAGAAGACCGGCGGCAAGGGCGAUAUUGCGAAGCACUUCGUUGCCCUAUCUACUAACGAGGCUGAAGUCACAAAAUUCGGAAUCGACAAGAAGAACAUGUUCGGCUUUGCGGAGUGGGUUGGUGGUCGAUACUCAGUCUGGAGUGCCAUUGGCCUCAGCGUUGUCUUAUACGUUGGCUUCGACAACUUCCACCAGUUCUUGGCCGGCGGGCAUGCAAUGGACAAGCACUUCCGGGAAACUCCCCUUAAGGACAACAUCCCCGUUCUCGGUGGUCUGUUAAGUGUCUGGUACAGCGACUUCUUUGCUGCGCAGACACACUUGAUCACUCCCUUCGAUCAAUACUUGCACCGCUUCCCUGCUUAUCUGCAGCAGCUUUCUAUGGAGUCGAACGGCAAGAGCGUUACCUCGGACGGGUCGCCUGUCAAGUAUACCACCGGUCCUGUCGUCUUCGGCGAGCCUUGCACCAACGCCCAGCACUCAUUCUUCCAACUUGUCCAUCAAGGUACGAAGCUGAUCCCUACCGACUUCAUUCUUCCCGCCAAGUCCCACAACCCUAUCUCAAAUAACCUACAUCAUAAGAUGCUAGCAUCCAACUACUUCGCACAAUCCGAGGCUCUCAUGAUCGGUAAGACAGCCGAGGAGGUCAAGAAAGAAGGUACACCCGAUGAGCUUGUGCCCCACAAGGUAUUCCUGGGUAACCGACCGACUACAAGCAUCUUGGUCGGUGGCGUAAUUGGCCCUGCUGAACUGGGUGCUCUAAUCGUCUACUACGAACACCUUACCUUCACCGAGGGAGUAAUUUGGGACAUUAACUCCUUCGACCAGUGGGGUGUCGAGUUGGGCAAGGUUCUUGCCAAGAAGAUCCUUAAGGAAUUGGAUGAGCCUGGCAAUGGCGAAGGCCAUGACGCUAGCACAGGCAGCCUCAUCGGCGCGUUCAAGAAGUUUGCGAGCGCUUGAGGGACAGGGUCGGCUUGGCAGCCAGGGAGGAAAUCUAGGCUCUAAGUCUUCUUCAUUAUUCAGCCGGCGGUACGACGUGUUCAGGUAAUACGCAGGGGUAGGUCUCAGACUGUCUCGUACGAGUUGCUAAGAAAAUGAAAACAAGUCGUUAUGAUAGGUAAUUAACACAGCUGUCAAAUAUGAAAUCUGGUAAAAGGAAAUAUCGAACCGAAACUUCUCGUAAUUGUUGGGAAUUGAGGAUUCAAAUUCAGUAAUGUGGAAGAUGGCAUUAGGUGAUCUGUUAGCUUUGAGUUGCCAUGGACUGGAUAUAACCAUCCACCACCUAAGCUCCGGAAUGACUAAAUCCCUAAUGAAACCGUUAUUAUAUCGGAAAGCCGGUAGGUAAUCCACCUCUUAUGAAUUCUAGGCACCUAAGGUAGG